GGUGACCAUAACAAAGCACCAUAGCCCAGGUGGCUCCAACAGGAGGGCUGGCUCCUCCUGAGGCCUCUCUCUGGUGUGUAGACAGCCGCCUCCUCCCUGUGUCCUCACAUGGUCAUCGCUCUGUGCAUGGCUGUGUUCUAAUCGCCUCUUGUGAUAGGGACACUAGUCUUACUGGAUUAGAGCCCACCCAUGUGACCUCAUUUCAACUUAAGGACCUCACUAAAGACCCUCUCCCCCAAUACUGCCAUGUUCUGGGGUACUGCGAUGAGGUCUUCCACAUGUGAAUUUGGGGAACACAGUUUAGCCUGUAACAGUACAGAUGUGCAGACAGGCCAUGGUGGUGAGGAGGGGGUCAUGAAGGAAGGGGAGGCCCCAGACCUGGGCAGUUGAAAUCACCACAAAGUCAGAGCAGACAGCGCUGGGGGAUGGGACAGGAGCUGAGAGGAGUAGGGUGGGCAGUGGGAGGGUCAGCUAGGUGGCCAGUGUUUAACGACAGAGCUGGGAACAAAGGAGAAGGUGUGUGUUGUACCUCACACAUGCUGGAGGUGAGGCUGGGGACAUCCCCACGUGGCAGGCGAGGGUGGACAGAGGGCUCUGGGAGAAGGCACGUCUGAAGGGAGUGGGUUUUAUUAUCCCGGUUGAUUUCAGUGACAAGAGGUGGGACCACCACUUGCUCAGACUGGGCUCACCUGCAUCCUCUUGGCUUCCGGCAGCACCUGUGCAGAGGAAUUCCAAGCAGUCGGGGACUGUGGGCCUAGCCCAGUGUGCUCAGGUCCCGGGCUUGGCAGAAGGGGAGCCUUGGUGCUCUGAGGUGCUCACCCGUUCUCGACAGCUUGUGGCUCCUCCUUGAGUUGCGUGGCCUCUCUUGUCAGCAUGCUUACGCAGCAGCCCUCCUGAAGGGCAUCCUGGGUUUGGGGUGGCGAGGAUGGUAGGUGAAGGCCUGCCUGGCAUCUUGGGGCAGCCCCGUGGUAAGUGCCAGGCUGUUGCCUCAGAGGGACCGUGUGCCUAGGGCACCCUCCUGACAUUGUGCUGAUGUGCAGUGUCGUGUCCCCAGCACUGCAGGGCCGCUGCUCCAUCUUUCCCUGGGGGUUGUGAGAGGCUGGGGCUGGCCUCACCCCCAGGUGCAGCCCGGCUGCUGUGGGCACGGUGGCCCAUGGGGCGGCAGUGCUGCCUGGCACCGUCAGAACCUGCCCAGUUCUGUUCCCAGGCUUUGUGGGUGGGGAACUUUAGACUUUGUCCUGCGGGAACGAGACGCUCCACUCACUGCACGUGUGCUCUGUCCUCAGGUGCCGAGGCGAAGACGAUUUUGCCCAAGAAGGAGAAACUGAAGCUGAGGCGUGAGCGGUGGCUGCAGAAAAUUGAAGCCAUAAAGCUGGCUGAGCAGAAGCUCAAGGCGGAGCGGAGGCGGCGGGCCACGGUGGUGGUGGGGGACCUGCAGCCCCUCCGGGACGCCCUCCCUGAGCUGCUGGAGCUGGAAGCCGGCGCCCGGCGGCCACACGCCCGAGGGACAAGCAGCAAGCCCCGGCCAGCGGAGCUCAGCCGGAUGAGCGCGGCACAGAGGCUCCAGCUCCUUGAGGAAGAAAGGACUCGCUUCCGGGACCUACUGGCCAGUCCCGCCUACAGAGCGAGCCCCCUGCAGACCAUCGGGCAGCAGCUGGCCCGGCAGAUGCAGCUGGACGGCGGUGGCCUGCUCUGACCUGGCCUGGGUGUGCCGUGAGCUCCAAGGAUGCACAUGAGGUGCCAGAGAGGGUCGACUCCUCGCCAUUAUCACCUGGAUCCUGGAGGCAGCCUCCUCGGCCUCCUGCCCCCUCUGGGGGUGAAUAAACGCCAUGAACUCAGGCAGUGGGACCGCGCUUCCUUCUGUGCCUUGGCUGUCCCGUGAGCAGGAGUUACUGUCACCAGUCCCGGGUUUGAAGGUUGGGCUGUAGAAGCAUUGACGUAAACCUUCAGUCUGAGGAUGUGGAAGGGGGUGGGUGCCUUUCUCAGACCUUCGGGAAUGAGAUGGGGUUUGUGCUCUGCGGGGACCAGCUAAUCAUGACCUCAGGGGCAGGGGAGGAUGUGGCUCAGGAGGGUGGGCCCUGGGUCCUCUGCUCGAGGUCCCUGGUCACUGGUUGCUGGAAUUGCCUCGGAGCCUUGGCUGGUGUGUGGGGCCCACCCUCACACGGCUGGACGAUUGGACUGAUGGCUGCAUUGGGGUUGCGUGUGGCCACCUCCCCGGCAUCCAACAUGCCGACGCGUCACGUGCCAGGCCUCAGAGGGUCUCAGGCCCCAUGUGUGCUCCACGCACUGGCUUUCUCCAGGUUUCUCCUAGACCGGGGGGGGCGGGGGGCAUGGAGCCCAUGCAACAUCAGCCAGUGGGGUGCACCCCUCCAGGUCCUGUGCUGCUUGAAGCCAAUUCUUGUACAAACGGCGGCUGUGCUGCUUCUGGAACGUUCCUUGUGCAGCGAUAAAGCCGGUGCCGGCAGUCUGAGCUGAGGUCACUGGGCUGAGACAUGGGGGCUCAGCCCCUCCAUGCUUCCAUGGGCUCUCGCCCGGUGACUGGGGUUUUCCAGGGUGCCUGCUUCCAGGAUAUCGGGAGAGCCAGCUGGCUGGCGGAGAUAGCAGGACGCCGGCCUUCCGGGCCUUUCUCUGAUGUAUUCCUAGGGCAGCUGGUCCCCUGCUCCUGGACCUGAGACAGCGCGUCUGCAUGAAGAAAGACGCUUCUUAAUUUCAGUCAGAGAGACUCGGCCAAACUGUUUUCUUCUAAAGAUGUUCAGAUAAUGUUGGUUAAAAUGACAAUUACAUGCAUAUUCCUGA